CGGUUAUCUCCGUGUCGGCAUUUUCCGUAACCUUUCGGCUUCACCCGCCGAGCCUCGGAGCUUCUCGCCAGAGUUGAUCCUUUGCUGUCGUCGUCUGCCUCGUCCUCCUCUCCGUGUUGUUGUUCUCGGUGACGCGACGGAGGUGUAGCCUGACGCGGUCUCUUACGUGUCGGUCUGAAUAAAAGUGGAGCUCCGUAGACCCGGGAGUGACGAAGCGAGUCUGUGUUGCCAAAUUUCCGCACAGGGCCAACAAAGAGAUCAUGGCGGCGGCUGUUGCGGCGGCGGAGGCUCACAAAAUGAGUCAGUCUCUGCAGGCUGAGACAUAGAUGAAGAUGGAAGCCGGUUCAGAGGUGCAGCAGAGCGGUGAAGCAGCAGUCUCUGAGUCCGAGGCGCAGCAGAUCACCCUUGCCCAGGCGCCCAUCACAGCAGGCCAGGUGACGUCCAGCACCCCAGGGGUCACCAUUGUGCAGCUCCCCAACGGUCAGACGGUGCAGGUGCACGGCGUGAUCCAGGCGGCUCAGUCCUCCGUCAUCCAGUCGCCUCAGGUCCAGGCCGUUCAGAUCUCCACCGUGGAGAGCGAGGACUCCCAGGAGUCUGUGGACAGCGUCACGGAUUCCCAGAAGAGAAGAGAGAUUCUGUCCAGACGGCCGUCCUACAGGAAGAUUCUCAACGACCUGUCGUCCGACGCUCCCGCCGUGCCUCGCAUUGAGGAGGAGAAAUCUGAAGACGACUCGGGUCCAGCCAUCACCACAGUUACCAUGCCCACCCCCAUCUAUCAGACCAGCAGUGGGCAGUACAUCGCCAUCACGCAGGGCGGGGCCAUCCAGCUGGCCAGCAACGGCACCGACGGGGUCCAGGGCCUGCAGACCCUCACCAUGGCCAACGCCACCGCCUCGCAGCCCGGCACCACCAUCCUGCAGUACGCCCAGACCAGCGAUGGCCAGCAGAUCCUCGUCCCCAGCAACCAGGUCGUGGUUCAAGCUGCUUCCGGCGACGUCCAGGCCUAUCAGAUCCGGACAGCUCCAACCAGCACCAUCACGCCGGGUGUCGUCAUGACAGCGUCUCCCGCGCUGGGAACAGGAGGCGGCACAGAGGAAGUCACACGGAAAAGGGAGGUCCGGCUAAUGAAAAACAGAGAGGCAGCCCGGGAGUGUCGCAGGAAGAAGAAGGAGUACGUGAAGUGUUUGGAGAACCGUGUGGCCGUACUGGAGAACCAGAACAAAACCCUCAUCGAGGAACUCAAAGCCCUCAAAGACUUGUACUGCCACAAAUCAGAGUAGAGCCCCUCCCCCCAACCCCCCACCUCCAUGUACAGAGACUCUGCUCAGAGCCGCACCCGGAAGCCACCACUCCUUUUCUACGUUUCCUGCUUUCUUACAAAAAAAAAAAAAACAAACAAAAAAACUGAUGAUAAAUCUGACAGUGGGAAUUACUGAGACAUAAAACACACCUGUCCCUCUUUACGCCUCGCUUUUCCUUCAUAAGAGGACAGUGAGCGUCAUGGAAACCAUUCCAGUCACUUGGGCCCAAUCAAGCUGGGCUGAAUCACCAGCAAAGAGGAAGUGACAUCAACCACCUCCCAAAAGGCCGGUCGCUUGAUAACUCAGAGGUUACGUUUCUAUUCCUAACUUGCAUUAAUCUGUUACCUAAUCACGCUAUGAACUGUAGGUGGGCCGUUUUAUCUCUGACUUGUAUUUUGUUUAUUCUCAAUUUAUUUGCUUCUGUGACGCCAUAUGUAUAUUUUUUUUUUACAUAUCCCUUUUUAGGACAAACAGCUAAAUAUGAACUGUAAAAUGCAGCUUUAAAAGUACAGUAUUGAACUUGGGAAACAUUUGAGACACCAUUUGUCUUAUUUUUUCCCCCCCUUUUUUUUCUAGAAGAUAAAAAUAUUGCUAAAUCAUUUUGAUGAUAACGUAAUGGUUUCUCUGGUUUUUGGUGUUUUUUUUUUGUUUUGUUUUUAUUAACAGUGAAUGUAAAAAAACUGUCAUGAAAAUUUAUUUUUAAAGCUAAUUUUACUUCUUUUUUUUUUACAGAAACACAUUUUGCAGCAAAAAUGAGUAUGUGCAUAUAUUAAAGCAAAAAGUACAUCUGUAAAUUAGAAAGGUUUUUUUGUGUAUUAUGACAUAAUAGGCAGGGCUUUUAUUUUAUCAGGUUAAAAAUGUUAUUUAAAUCUAACCUACUUUGAAAAAGUCAGAAUUUAAUGCAGAAAAAUGGAUUAUCAAUGUGGAAAACUGAAAUAUAGCCCAAUGAACGUUCAGACAGGUGACCUCGCAUGUCACAGGCCCAAAUCAUCACCCCCCCACCACCGUGCUUAACACUUGGCGUACUUGGUUUUUAACUCUCAACUUUUGAAAUUGGGCCAUAACUUUGAGAAAUUUAAACAUAUAAACAUAUGACUAUUAGGGCCAGUCUAAGAGAAUACUUUUUUUAAUUGCAAGAAUAAGCUUAUAUUAUGAGAAUAGACACAAUUGUACUAGAAGAAAUUCAUAGAAUUACAAGAAAAAUCAUUUUUAGUUAAGAUCUAAUGUGACCAUUGUGACAAGUUGUUUGUCCCCCCCCCUCUUCAAAGUAGACUGUUCAAAGUCCUGCUCAUAAUAGUUUUAUGCUGUUUAAAUUGAUGUAAUUUGUUAAAAAAGAUACCAAAGUAUAAUUACACAAAAUCCUCAACAUUCCUCGUUUUAAUACAUUAUAUUCCAUGUAGUUUUGAAAUUAGCGUCAUCCUGCUAUUACUUUAUUACCUUUAUUCUCAGUUCCUUUCUUGUAAUUAAAAUGAUUUUUUUUACUUAUUCUGGUCUUAACAGUCUGUAUAAAUACUAUUAGAACCUGGUAAAAAAAAAAAAAAACUGAAGAUUUCUACUUCUAUUCAUCGUAACUUUAUUUGUAAGCUCACUGGAUGAACAGAUUGCUUGUUUUAUAAUGUACAAUAUGCCUGGUUCCAUAUUUGGACAGUUUUGGGAGGGAAGACGAGUCUCUGCAGUUGAACGUUCCAUUUUUAUCCUCAACAGGAACUUCUUUUUUUUUUUUUUUUUUAUAAAGACCCCCCCCACACACGUCUCCCCCUCUCACCUGAGGAGUCUGUAAGACAACAAGCACUUUCCUUGCUUUUACAAUCCUGAGACAUUUCAAAAAAGUAAAAAAAUAAAAUUAAAAAACCCCGAAAGGCUCAGAGCUAACUGCUCCCUGAACCGAACGCAGACGGGUGUUUGGUUAAAGACGGGAUUUGUUCCAAAUUUCACGAAACCCUGAAAACGCAAAGCAAAGUGAGACCAAAUCAGAACAAAGCUGUUAUUUUCAUGAAACAGAAUGCCAUAUUGUACUCUUAUGUAUGGUCAUAAAUUGGUAUGCUUUUUUUUUAAUGCUGCUUUUUAAUUUUUUUUUUAUUCACAUUUUCUAAAUGUCAACAUUAACAUGUAUAACAGUGCAUUUAUGUUAGAGCCAUAUAAAUGAGAGUUUUGGCAGCUGAAAAUAAACGUGUUCUUGCUCCUU